AUGUCGCCCAAGACCUCUGCACCCAAGCGCACCAGCCAGACCGCCCAAGACUUUGAUCCUGACACUUUCCUCCAGUCCUGUGCUAGCUUGAUGUCCAAACGUCAAACACGCGCCAGCUCCCACGUCUCUGUACCCAUUCCCAUCCCCGCCUCUGAGCAUACUCCGCCAUACUCUGACGGCGAAGAGAGCGAUCAACAACCACCAGCCGCCCCGGGCAAGCCCAAACAGCACCCACGCCGAUAUUUUCCCGAGUCCACCCAGAAGAACGCAUUGCACUACAUAAUGGCUGAGAGCAAGAACAACAACUCUGCCCGCGAGCUUGUUUCGCCGUCGCCUGAGGCUCCGUCGCCAGAAGGCUCGGGGUCUGAGCCCGUCCCCGCUACCUCGUCUGCUCCUGCCCCUCCCAAGGCUACGCCCAUGAGGCCAUCAGCUUCUGGCUCUUCCCCUCCCGCUCCACCCUACACCCACAUACCCCCACGCACGUACCCUUCCUCCUACCCGCAGACUUCCUCCUCCCCCUCUCAAUGGACGGCCCACCACCCCACAAACGCCCUCCUCCCUCCUCCUCUUCCCACCCACCGCGCACCCGCUGCUCAUAGUGCUGCUUCACCCGAAUGGCAAUCCACCGACGCCGAGCCCGAGCACGGCUUGACGACGGACGAUGACGGGCCUUCUUCUGGUGCGGGAAAGAAUACCAAGACGGAGAAGGAGGCGAUCAUUCCCAGGCCGCCGAAUGCGUGGAUCAUCUACCCUGAAAUGCGGGAAGGCAAAGCCGGCAAGGGCUUGCCCCAGGCUGACGUCAGUAAAGUCAUAAGUUAUCUCUGGAAACACGAAACAAAGGAAAACAAGUCCCACUACGAACGCCAAGCAGCUAUCCGAAAAGAAGAACACGCGCUGAAAUACCCCAACUACAAAUUCAAGCCCGUCAGUAAAGAUCUCAAGAUCAAAGCGCGCGAAAACGCCAAGCGAGAGAGGGAACUGGAAAAGCGAAGGAAGAAGGAAGAGAGACAAUCUGAAAAGACCCGUAGCCGCGCGAGACGACAUAUUGGUCUGACUACCCGGGGCCACUCAAGGCACUCGCCGAUGUCUCCAUACGACGCAUCAGGUCGAUAUAAUGCUCAUAAUGCCCAAGCUGGACUGGGGCCGUUGUCGGCGGCGGGCAGGUACUUGGUGUAUGGCGAGCCUUAUCCCGGCAGUCAUGAGGAAGUCUCCCCGCCGAGCUCUUACUUUGGUUCCAGCGUCGAGUCAUCGAGCGGGUACAUGAUGUCCCAUCCCGAGGACGAAUACAGACCGUUCCCUCUACCAGCCUACGCUAUGCCCGCUAUGGCCCGCCCCGAAGGCGUCGAACCUCCACUCGCGCCGGCGCCUGGUAUGGCCAUCGCCCAGGAAUACAUGUGGCACCACGCUCCCCCUCCACCUCCUGCCCACUCGGCUCCCACACCAGCCUCCGCGCCCGCGCCCAGACGUGCGGUGCCAGAGAUGCUCGCACCACCUAUGGAAUUCCAAUCGUCAUCCGACUCUCUCGCGCAGCCACCUUCGCCCAGGACGGUGCCGAGGGAUGAAGAGGAGGAUGCUUUCCAGCGAGCGUUGGUUUCUAUCAAUGUGGAGGGCAUGGAUGCGUACCAGAGACCGAUGGCGGUCUUGGAGAUGGAUGAGAUCCCGGCGCUGGACGAUGCGUUCUUCCAAGAAGGUGAUGAUAUCAAUGCGUUGGCGGAGAAGUGGCAUGAGCUGGGGCCGGAGGAGGGUGAGGAGUAUGAGCGUACGAGUGGGCUGGUGAUGGAUGAGAAGAAUUUGGAUCCCAUGCCAGCUGUGUUUUACGAGCUGCUUCCUCCAGACAACGGCUUCUACCCCACCCUUCCGGAACUCAGCGGUGCCUUCACCGACCCCGCCCCUACCUCCUUCCACAUCGCCCCUCCCCCCGAGGACCCCUCCUUGCCCCAAUUCGCUCCAGCUCACCACACAUACGGCUUCGUCCCCCAAAUCCACCCCGACGACUCUAUCCGCUUCGGCUCUCUCUACGAGCAACACCCCGAGUAUUACCGCUCGGACGAGUACCCGGAAGGCCCGACGUUGGCGGGGGAGAUGCCAAUGUCGCCGUCGGAAGCUUCGGCUGGGGCUACACCGCGGGAAACGACGUUCGCUGGUGCGGGGCAUGAUACCAACCGUAUGCCUUCCUUCUCCCACACUGUGCGCACGGUGUCUACUGCGAGCCCCGCCCCCCGACUCGCGUCCCUCUCUGAUUUUCCCCUCACCCCCAACUCGCUCGACCAUAUCGGUCUUCCCUUUGUCGAUCGAUCAACGUCGUUCGCUGGGGCGCAGUUUAUGAGUAUGAACUAUGGGCCCAUGGGCAUGGGCAUGGGAGACGAUUUUGGGGAGGAUGAUUGGUAUGGGGAUGAGAAGCGGAAGGAUGAGAUGGCGGCGAGGGAGAGCGUGUUUGUGACGAGGAGGGAUAGUGAGAUGUCGGCUGUUGAUGCUGGGGCUGGGGCUGGUAUCCCUUCGCCGCCUGCUUCGCAACACUAG